AUGUCAGCCCCUUUGAAGCCCUCUAGUGCCCAACUGGAAGUCACUCUAAAGGCAAAAAAACUGCUUGGUGACACCAAGUCAGAUGUUCAUUUUACUUCAUUCCUAGAGAAGAAUGAUAAUUAUGAAAUACUAAUCAACAACUGGGCUUACUACAGCUCUGUCAGGAACGACAAUGAACUGAUAGAGUUGUCAGAAUUGUUGGACAAAAUUCUGCAACGAGUCCAGUUUUUGGAACAAAUAGACCUCUACAGAGUUAUUGCAUUACAUUUGAUCAAGUCGAUGAACCACAUUUAUCCUAUAUUUGAAACACUUAAGCCUACGUUAAUUUCUCCAAUACUUAGAUUAUUGACACACAUUGUUGAGUUCAAUGAGGGCUCUUUGGUUACCGAGUUCUCUGAAGCUUUCAACUUCAAGAAUGAGCAUUUGACCGAACUACUGGAGCCUUCUACAAAGAGAAAAUACGUUGACUUCAAAUCUACGACAAGAUACAACAUGAUUCAGUUUUACAUACAGCUAUUGUCGAAUGCUUCCAGUCAUCUGAGAAAGGAUCUGCUUCUUACCAACAAGUACAUAUUUAACAGGCUUUUGAAACAUUUGGAAUUGGAUGAUGAUGAGGUCGUUAAGGAUUUUGUAGAAUUCCUUCAAGACUAUGUUGUGCACGAAGAAUCUUUCAAGAAAUCAACCAAGUUACAAAUAAUCAACGAGCCCGUACUCUCCGUGUUGGCGAAAUUACUGGACAGAGACGAAAACGUGUACGAAUUUCUUCGUAGUUUUGCUAAAGGUGUCACUUUUCACGAUGAUAAAGUCUGGGCCUGUGAACUUGGGGAGAACACUCUGAAGAGUGGUGGUGCCGAAGUGAAGUUUGAGGGUCAUUCUUUUAAAUUGUACAAUAAAAUGAUUUACUAUCUGGCAACCCAGCUUAAACCUUGGAAGGAUGCGAAACAGCUAGCAUUGUUUAUUGAACUGGCGUCCCAGAAUUACGAAAUAUUCUUGCCGUUCCAAUAUUUUGUGUCUACUCAUAUUGGGAACUUUUCACCCAAACUAACUUCUACCGCUAUUGGGUUCACAUUAAUGCUGACCAAAAUGUCGUACCUGAAACCACCUAAGAUCCCAGAAACCGCUACCUACAACACUAAUGCUGAGUCAUUAUCCCUGCAUAUCGUUCCUCUAUUGACGACCAAACAGUCUUUAAUCAGAGGUUUGACUGACCCUUCAAAUUUCAUUAAUUAUCUGACACUUCAGUUGUUGAACUCUAUCUUCCACAAGUAUAGUACUGUUUUUGGUCAGUUGAGUUCCUCCAACCUUCUGGUGGAUUUCUCUGAUCUGAGUAAUACUAUUAUUGAAAGGAUUCCUGAUUUGAGCACAAUUUUGGGAUGUUUCAAAGCAAUUGAUCCCGACAACGUUGAUGAAUUGUAUCUACUGGCCUUGACGAUGACUUUGGAAGGAUAUUUGAAAUUUUUCCCUCAAAUAACUGGCGAAUUUGCUGUCAGUUUACCUCAGGAACUGUAUUUACCACUGGUUGGAAGUUCUACACCAAACGUUGCAAUCUUGGAUCAUUAUUUGACAUUGCAGACUCUAUUGGAUUCUUCAUUUUCUUUGAAAUGGUGGAAUCCUAUUGCAAGCAAUGACCAUUCGUUGUUUACACACCUGAUCAGGUUAUCAUCUACCUCAGAAAGAGUUGGUCAUGUGUUAGAAACGUUGACCCUUAACCACAUCGUGUUUCAAGAUUCAAGGAGUGACUCUAGCACAAUCAAAAUCAAUCCCAUAUACCCAUUGUUGAAGACUGUUUCACGUUUAACUGAUCAAGUUUGCAAAUUGCUGGACGAAACUAUUGCCAGGAGUAUCAAGACUCCCUACAAAUACAUUGACCUUUCCUUUUCCGUUACCAAACGUCAAAUUUCACCAUUUAUUGUUACAUUGUUGGAACAAUGGAAGUUUGUCAAGAUACCAUCUGAAGAAACAUUUACAUGGCUAUACACAUUUUUGAACUAUCUUGUUGUGAAUGGAGAAGAUCCUUCUGUACUGGAAUAUUUAAUGACACAUUUCAAUGUACCCUUUGGAAAAUGGCUCAAGAGGAAAAAAUAUUAUAUUGACGACUCUUCACCUGGUAGUAGAGUUCUGUUGAACAAUAUGAAGGGUGACUUUCAGAUUCCUCCACCAAAGAAUGAUUUUGACGUAGUACAAUUCUUUUACAAAAUUUCUAAUUUGGAGAAGACUAGCCCCAAAGUUAACGAGAGCAUAGUGUUGAUAUUCAAUAAGCUGGAGACAUACUUGUUGGACAAUCCCCAAUCACUAGAAAGGAUCACAAGUCGAAAGUUUUGGGGGCCAUUGUUUGUCAGUGAGAAGCCCUUAGAAUGGCAACUCUUUGUUAGCUUUUUGGUUAACGAACUGUUUCAAAAUUUCUGUACUAAAAACAAUGCUCACCUAUUCCAAGAGUAUGGAAAUCGGAUUGCCAGCUUAAUGCCUGAAGCUAAAGACAAUGUGCUGGUAAAACUAGUUACCUCAGCCCUCUGGUCUGUUGACAAAGAUACACUGCUUAGUUUUCUGACUCCGUUUAGUGAAAAGGGAAGACAUGAGAUUGUCUUUGCUAUAUUGGAUGAAUUAAGUUCAAGAGAAAUUCAAUUACCCUUUGAGAUCUUACUUUUACUAGUCAACGAGCAUUAUGAAUCUCAUAUCAUUUCGUUCAUAGGCUCGAUUAAGCUGGAUAAGAGUCAGUACGUUGCAUUGUUGACCAAGUCAAUCAGUUUCCAUUGCAAGGAGAUAACUAGGAAACUAAUUAUAUACUCUUCAUCUUUAGCAUUAAGCCAAGUUGAUCAGCUCCCUCUAUCGGACAAGAUUUUCUUAGGUUCGAUGUUGAACGACAGAGAGUUUGCUGAUACAGUCAUUGAAGAGUCUUUCCACAUGUUUGAAAAAUCCAAAUCUCUCCAUUUCUUUGAUUCGAAGAUUGAUGUCAUUGACUUUUUGAAUUUAUUCAAUCAUGGUACCCCUUCUAUAGAAAGAGAUAGAAUUGUGCUCUUGAAGGCACUGGACAACAAAAAGUUCAAAUCUACUGAGAACUAUAUUUUCAGUGAAGCGUUUGCAAGUUUUGCCUAUAGAUCUGAAGUCAAUCUGAAAGAAAUGCAAACUUGGUUGGUCAACUCUUUCCUGUACAUUACAAAAAAGGUUGCCGAAAAUGACACGUUGGGUGAAAAUUUUCUGGCCUUUCUUACUUCGUUCCAGGGACUAUUUAGAAAAUGGAAUGUUUGGAAAUUCAUUCAACCUUCUAUUUUGAAUACACAGCUACAAGUGAUACUUCAGCACAAGCAAUGGGUCAAUAACAAAAAUUUGUUAAAAUAUUGUGUUCUCCUGAUCUCUGCGGGAGAUAAGGAUUCUGCUAUCGAAGGCCUCAAAUUACUGCAAAUUUUUACUAAUAACGAGCUCAUUGAACUAUCAAACUUGACAGGUGACGAAGAGUCAAAAUACUACUCUUCAUUGAUACUCUAUAAAUUGAUUUCUUUGGACUUGAAGACUGCGUCUACCAAUGUUAGUGGGCUUUUGGAGCAGCUCCUCACAUAUUAUCAAGGGUCCUUGAGGCCUUCUGACCUUUUCAUCAAGGUAAUAUUAUCAGAUUUAGAGUCCGUUAUGGGAAAGUCUUGGUGUAUUUUGGUUGAUACUUGGGUGUACCUGCAAGAGUUCUCUUACGAACAAGACUAUUCUCCUUUGAUUUCGAAAGGUGAAAAAGAUACAGUUUUGACACUUGAUAAGAAAGUAGUCGAAGAAUCUGUAGAGAAUUUUGACCCUGAAAUGUAUCAUUCGAUUUUCUCUUUGAAGAAUAUCUCAGACUAUGAGGAGUUUUAUAACACAAGAAUACUGUUGUGUAAGAGAGCAAGUGUUGAUCCCGAUAGAAUAAUCUAUGACCCAGAAGUAUUCAAUCUGCUUCUUCUCAGCAAUCCAGAAUUGUUUAAAGACGACGAUACGAUCGAAGUGAAAAACAUCGUCGAAUCAGGAAUUCUUCAAUACGUUGUCCUAUCACUAACCAUUGAUGAGGCAUCUUGUAACAGGAUUGCUCUCACCAUUUUGAAUGCCAUCUAUACUAGUUUGUCAGAUGAUAUUGAAUUACUGGAAAAUAAAAAAGAGGGUGAAAAACUACCCAGAAAGGUUUAUCCAUUCAAGGACAGGUAUCUUUUCAAGCUAUAUCUUGGAAAAAUCUUAGCAUCCUUCUUAAAUUUUGGCGAAGACAGACCUUCCUCGUUCAUUAUCGGAGUCAUUUCACAGUUUGUACCUGUUCUUGCUGACCCAACACAUCCAGUUUUUGAAAAGGCAUACAGGUAUCUUUUGAUUGGUCCUUGGUUUGUUUCAACCGAGAUUCCUCUAUUCAAAUCAAUCAGUUUACUGAAAUUGGAUGAAUAUCACAAGCUCUCUGUGGAUGAGCAGAAAUUAUACUACGACCAACUGACUUGGUUACUGACUAGUUACCGCUACUCCAUGACUUUGGACGACGACAAUCUGAGAAUGCUAUCCCUGUCUGGUUUCUUCCCGUGGAUAAUGAACUUGAUGAAUUCUCCAUACAUCAGCUCCUCUAUUCACUUACAGAUUCAAGAGUUCAUUUCUAAGGUGCUUCGUUUGACAACAACCAACGAAAAUCUUGUCACCAGACACGGCAUCCUUUCAUGGCUAGAAGCUCUCCAAUACACUCUUCGCAAAGAGUCCGGCAAGAAUACCGAAGAGGAUUUGGUUAACAAAUUCAACAGCAUAAAUGUAAGCCAGCUUGGUCUCCAGCUGGACCUCACAGUAACGAAAAGAACCAAACAUUGGACGUACGACAACUGGAACACAGCUAUAAAAAGAAUCUGUACAAGUUUCCUCCCAUAA